AUGGACCUUAAUGGGGUCAAGAGGAGGGACACUACCAAGGGCCCUCCUCUUCGCAUCCUAUCGCUAGAUGGUGGAGGAGUCCGUGGUUACUCCAUGUUCAUCAUUCUCCAAGAACUCAUGCACCGCACCUUCGUCGAGAUCGAGGGUAGAGCCCCUCGCCGAAACGAAAUUCCCAGGCCAUGCGACCACUUCGAUCUCAUCGUUGGCACCGGUACCGGCGGCCUCAUCGCCUUGAUGCUCGGCAGAUUGCGCCUGGACCUGGAGCAAUGCAAGGAACUCUACGUAAGGUUGACGCGCAUGGUUUUCGAGACCGACAAGACCAUCGCUGGCAUCCCUUAUCGAUCAACACUCUUCAAAGCCUCCAAGCUUGAGGAGGCUAUCAAGGAGGCUGUCCGAGAACACACCGUCUACCAGAAGGAGGGCAAUGACGGCACCGAGAACGACAUGAUGAGCCCUCUCAGCGGAUACAACAACUCGAAUCCUAGGAGGCAUGCAAGCAACGCCAGCACCGUCAGCUUCAGCGCACGCAGCCCUCAAGCCCAGAUGGCACGGCCCGUUCUCAACUCGCGAUACGGCGACCCCAAUGCACGGCUCUACGAUGCCCGGGAGAACAGGACCAAAACCGCGGUUUUAGCAAUGUACAAGGGUUCCCGUAAGGGCGCUCCUGCCGCCAUCUUGCGAUCCUACGACUCGAGGAGAGAACCUCCGCCAGAGUUCGACUGCAAGAUCUGGCAAGCUGGCCGUGCCACAUGUGCCAUCGGCCUUGCUUUCAAGCCCAUCCAAAUUGGACAGUCUGUCUUCCACGAUGACGGUGGCGGCACAUUCAACCCUGCACCCGAAGCUCUGGACGAGGCGGUGUUGAACGAAUGGCCCGGCCGUGAUGUGGGAGUGUUCCUCAGCGUCGGCACUGGCAGGCGGCCCAAAGGGAGCGAUGCGAAUUCGCACAUUUGGUAUGAAGGCUUUCUGGGAGAGUUUGCAGAGGCCCGCCGCAAGCUCAUCUCCAAGAUUGAGGGCUGUGAAGUUAUCCACGAGCAGAUGAAGAAGGAGCACCUUCUCAAGAGAAACGUCAACAUCGAGAACUACUACCGCUUUAAUGUAGAGGUUGGUGUCGGUGAGUUUGGUAUGAACGAAUGGCACCGCCUGGCCGAAAUUAGCACGAGCACGAGGCAAUAUCUAAGGCGGGACAUCGAGCAAAAGAUGAUACAAGGGGCUUCCGCGAAGAUGGCCAAGAUCCACAAAGCGAACAUUAGGUUCUCACGCCUGCCAGAUAUUCCCGAACUAGUCAAAUCGAACUCCCAGGUCACCGAGCCGCUAUCGUUUGCUGUGGAGUUGCCAGGCGACGUGCCCACAUCGUGGCCACCGCACAACACACCACCAAGUCGCCAGUCAUACGAGUCUGGAACGGAACACCUACACAUACCUUCGCCAAUGAGCCCUUCCCCCAGAAGCUCCGGCGAGCGACUCCAACCAUCGCCGGCUCCAAGAGCUGAGCAACGCCCCCCGCCUCUUCCAAAGGAUGAUGAAGCCGACCGGCUAGUUGUUACUGCGCCCACACCUUCUCAGUACCGGUAUGCGGCCGGCGCCGACAUGAUUGCCAUCACGAGCCCCGACGAGCACCCGCGAUGGCAGAAUCAACAAUACAACAAUGGCUUUGUGCAGCAGCCGCAGCAGCCGCUGCGAAUUCCACCGCCGCUGCCUCCCAAGACACCAUUGCCGGAACAUCAGGCGGCAGGCGGCCGUCGCCCUAUCAGCUCAUCGCCCCUGCCUUACCCCGUUGACGACGAGCCUCCACCAGUGAAUAUGGCUAGAAAGCCAGACUACCGCGGAAGAUGA